AUUGUGCGUUGCGUCAUGGAAUUUGUUUAAGAACGUUCCAUCGGAUUCUAGAGAAGCUCGCCAUCUUUGAGGACGACGGCAUUUUUCUGUUUCUUUGUUUAUGUGUUUCACAUAACCGAUAAACCUUCUCUUUCGAACCUCAUAAUUGUUAAAGAAAGAUGCGCCACUCAAAGCGAAUGCGCUCACCAGGUGUCUGGCUCGAUGAGUACAGCUGGGAAGAGAGAAUGGAGUGUCGUAAGAGAAAGAAACGAGAUUCACACAGCAGCGAAAGAGAAAAUAAGUCCAGAAGAACUCACAAUCACCAGAAGACAUAUGAGGGGCACUACCUGGAGAACCACAGUUUGAACCAGAGGCUGGACACUCGGGAACGACACACCCAGGAUCACAGUUUGGACAUGGCCUGUGAGGAGGACAGUCGAGAAGCCACCUGCAAGGACAGAGACCGUGACUGGCACCACUACAGCAAGUCGUCCGGUCGCAGCAGGCGAAGCAGACACAAAGACAGAAGGCGAAGACGUAGCCAUUCUCGCCACAAGUCCUCCUCGAGGAGGAGCCAUCACCGCAGGAGCAGGAAAAGAUCCAGGAGUUAUGAGGAUGAUGACGAGGGUCACCUCAUCUAUCACAGUGGAGACAUGCUGAGAGCGAGAUAUGAGAUUGUGUGUACUCUAGGAGAGGGUGCCUUUGGGAAGGUUGUCGAAUGCAUUGAUCACUCUAAUGAUGGAGCUCGAGUGGCUCUGAAGAUCAUUAAAAACAUAGACCGCUACCGUGAGGCAGCUAUGUCUGAGGUAGAGGUGCUUGAACAGUUGAAGUCCCUCGACUCUGAUAAGAGAUAUGCUUGUGUGCACAUGCUGGACUGGUUUGACUACCACGGCCACGUUUGUAUCUCCUUUGAGCUGCUUGGCCUCAGCACCUACGAUUUCCUCAAGGAAAACAACUUCCAGCCUUUCCCCGUAGAACACAUCAGGCACAUGGCGUACCAGAUCAUCCGAGCUGUGCAAUUUAUGCACAAGAACAAGCUGACUCACACAGAUCUGAAGCCAGAGAAUAUUCUCUUCAUUGAUUCAGACUAUGACAUGGAGUACAAUCCUGACAUGAAACGGGAUGAAAGAACAUUGAAGCACCCAGAUGUGAAAAUUGUGGACUUUGGUAACGCCACAUAUGAACAUGAGCACCACACAUCUGUGGUGUCUACACGUCACUACCGUGCUCCUGAAGUCAUUUUAGAUCUCGGCUGGGAUCAUUCCUGUGAUGUCUGGAGUGUAGGCUGUAUACUCAUUGAGUACUACCUUGGAUCUACUCUCUUCCAGACCCAUGACAGUAAAGAGCACCUUGCUAUGAUGGAGAGAGUCCUGGGCCCCAUCCCCACAAACCUCCUACAGAAAACCAAGAAACAGCGGUAUGUUCAUCGGUGCAAGCUCAACUGGGAUGUGCACAGCUCUGCUGGGAGAUAUGUCAGGAAACACUGCAAACCCCUCAAGCAUUACAUGAUGUCUAAGGGCGAAGACCACCAGCAGCUGUUUGACCUGAUUGAGAAGAUGAUGGAGUAUGACCCAGCUAAGCGCCUCAGUCUGGAGCAGGCCCUUCGACAUCCCUUCUUCUCCUGCUACCGCAAGAGCAGCAAAAGUAAUAGCAGCAGAAGCAGCAGUAGCAGCAAAAAAGACUGAACUUCUGAACCUGUAACCUCGGUCAGGGCCUGGCUGUCACCAUGACAUUUAUCAUGGCGCUCAGAGCCAGCCUCUACUUCCUGACUCUCCAGGAGAGGUGUACCUUAACUGACUGUAUCAGUCCACUGCCCUGCUCUGCUGUCCUGUCCUAAGCCAGUGUCUCUUGGUCUCACUCGUCAAGUUAUAUUUUCAUCUGUAGCAUGUUCUCAUGCAUUGAAUCCCCUAGUCAAUUUCUAUUUAUUUGCCAUUGUAAUUUAAUUCGUAGCUUCCAAGCAUAUACUGGUAGAGCUGUAUUUUAUUCAUGAUUAGUACAGUUUUGUCUGUGUUCUCUCUGUGCAUUGUCAAGUGGGUGAUGUGUAAUGUAACAGAUUGAGAAUUGCUUUACCCUGCAUCAGUCUCUCACCAGUAAUAAUUUAUUCAGCAUUGUAGAUAUAAAAAAAAAAGUUAUUGCGGGCAGCAAAUCUUUGUACAUAGAAUUUGUUCAAAUUUCUUUUUUCACUGACUGGUUAUGUAACUUUUGCAGUAUCAUGUACAUUUUCUCAAUAAACGUUAAUAGACGACA